AUGCCGAGUGCAGCAAAACAUGCUCGGACUCAGCACGACAACUCGCGCCGCACCCCGCACCGGCCAGCCCAUGCCCCAGCCGCCCGUUUCUUGCUUCCUGUACAGCAAUGCGAAUUCCAGCUCACUGGUAUUUUGGAAGUACUUGCAAGUGAUCCUUGGCCCGUUGUCAAUGACAAGCGCGCUUUACGUUGCACGGGUGUGGCCGUCAGUGUAGCCGUUGGACUCCUGGAGACGACUUUCCCUAACACGGGCGCACGCAUAAUGAUUUCUACGGGCGGGCCUGCAACAGAGGGUCCCGGCAUGGUUGUCAGCAAUGAGCUGAAGGAACCCAUUUGCUCUCAUCACGACAUCGAACGAGACAGCGUCAAGCACUACAAACGCGCUAUAAAGUUCUAUGAAACUCCGGCGAAGCGAGCAUCUAACAACGGCCAUGCUGUCGAUCUGUUUGCUGGUUACUUGGAUCAAGUGGGCUUGCUUGAGAUGAAGUCCCUACCAAACUCGACAAACGGUGUUAUUGUACUAUCGGAUUCAUUCGCUACGUCGAUCUUCAAGCAAAGCUUCCUGCGCAUGUUCAAUAAGGACGACCAGGACUUCUUGCAGAUGGGCUUCAAUGCGAUAUUCGACGUACAGGCAAGUCGUGUCGGGGGUCCUGUCAGUCCUCGUCCAUCAUCAUACACACAUCUACGCUCGCACAUCCUAUCCAACGCUCUCACAUCUAAUCAUCUCCCCAAAUACGACUCAAAGGCCAACCAGGCAUUUGCAACCCGCCUCGCCAGCGUCCUCCAACCAGGAAACCUGGUAUGGGUCCACGACUACCAUCUCUUGUUAGUCCCUCGCAUGCUCAGGAAUGCGAUGCAUUCUGGUGCCGGUCAUCGGUCUUUUCGUGCACACGCCUUUCCCGAGUUCUGAGGUGUUUAGGUGUUUACCGCG